AUGACGUCGGCCGUCAACCCCACGUAUCCAAUGUCGUCCGCGCGUGUCCCGCCCGAUGCAGUCAAGGGCAACCGCGACGGCAACUACUCUUCCUUCCCCGUCGUCAAGAUCGAUGAGCUGCUCGGUGUCCUCUCCGAGAUGGGCCUGUCAAUCUCGCCCGAGGACCUCCAAAAGCCACAGGGACACGUAGCGCACCGCGUGUUCGUCGCCUUUCUCGAGUGUCUUUCGGGCACAACAACAGAAAUGAUGGAUGGACGCCGUCACGAGGCGCUCGGAUCUGCGGAAUACAGCGAGCUCUACGAGGAUGGUCUCCAGAUGCUCAUGUUCUUCCGCGAGGUCAAGGACAUGAUGAACGCCGCCACGCUCUACGACUUUACGCUCCAGGACCUCACACGGCCCAAUCCAAAGCGCUUCCGACGCCAGAUGUCGGCGCUGGUCAACUUCUACCGCUUCCGAUCCGAUCGCAUCGUCGAGUUCGAGGAGCUCGUCACCGGAUCCGAGGAUCUGGAGAACAAGCGCAACGAGAUCGAGGACGACAUCGACCGCCAGCGAUCCGAGCUCGCGCGCUUCAAGGCGGAGCGCGAGCUCGACGAGCCCAAAGUCAAGGAGCUGCAGCGCGUCAACGCCGAGAUCACCGACGAACUGCUCGCAGCACGCAACCAGCAGAAGGAGACCAUGGAGGAGCUCGAGGAGCUCAAGAAGCGCAAGGACACGCUCGCCAUCAAGCACGCCGAGCUCGCGCAGGACAAGUUCCAGAUCUACGAAAAGAUCACGUACCUCGAGGCGCGCGUCGUGUCGAGCCCCAGCAAGAUGAAGAACAGCGUGCGCGAGCUCGCCGAGCAGCUGGACAAGGACACGCUUUCGCUGCAAGAGACGGUCAAGAAGGUCGAGGAGUUCAAGCGCAACCUCGAGACGCUCGACACGUUGAGCAACGACCUGGACGCGUGCAUGAACGCCAUGCACGAGGUGAACCUCGAGAUGGUCAAGGGCAAGGAGGAGGUGCAGAACCAGGCGGAUCUGCAGGCGCUGUCGCAGGGCAUCACCAACCAGCUGGCGUCGCUCAAGCACUCGCUCGAGAUGACCGAGUACGAGAUGAAGCGGCUCGAGGACAAGCAGAACCGCAACCGCAAGAACCUCAUGGACAUCACCGACAAGCACACCAAGCGCAUGGACAACCUCCAGGCCGAGUUCGAACACGCCAAGCAGGAGCGCAACCGCAAAAAUGCCACCGCCGACGCAAAGAACAUCGAGUCGGAAAAGAUCGAGGCCAAGAUGGCCGAGCUCGAAGAGGCCUACGAGGCGUACCAGAAGAAGAUGGUGCGACAGAAGGAUGCUAUCGAGACGGCAGUAAGGCUGUACAUCAGCACGCUCACCAACUCGCUCCAGCUCGAGCGCUUCCCGGCGUAG